AAAACAAGGCCGGGGUACAGACUCAGUGUUCAGGUGUGAAGGUCUCGAGCUCACUGGAACAUAAAACACCACAGGCGCGUUAGCGGGAAUAUUCAGGGCUAUCACGUGACCAGAGCGCGAGAGUAGAGUGGAGUGAAGGAGUGUGGGAUUAGAGACACAACAACACACACACACACACACACACACAACAACAACAACACACACACAGCGGAGUUAUAGAGCUGGGCCGGCACGAGACUGAGGAUGAACUGCCGCUCGGAGGUCCUGGAGGUGUCCCUGGAGGCGCGGCAGGUGGACGAGGCCAUGGCGGCGCUGCUCCACACCAUCCUCCUGCACCGCAGCACGGGGAAGUUCCACUAUAAGAAGGAGGGCACGUACUGCAUGGGCACGGUGGGCACUCAGGACAUCGACUGUGACUUCAUCGACUUCACCUUCGUACGGGUUUCAUCAGACGAGCUGGAGCGCGUGAUCAGGAAAACCGUGACCGAGUUUAAGGAUGCGCUCGGGAACUCGGGCAGUGACGGAAUGGGUCAGGUCUCUCUGGAGUUCUAUCAGAAGAAGAAGUCUCGCUGGCCGUUCUCGGACGAGUGUAUCCCCUGGGAGGUGUGGACCAUCAAGGUGAACGUGGUGAACCUGGCCAACGAGCAGGAGCGUCAGAUCUGCCGGGAGAAGGUGGGCGAGAAGCUCGGGGAGAAGGUCGUCAACAUCAUCGAGGUCAUCAACCGGCACGAGUACCUGCCCAAGAUGCCCACGCAGUCCGAGGUGGACAACGUGUUCGACACGAGCCUGAAGGACGUCCAGCCGUAUCUCUACAAGAUCACCUACCAGAUUACGGAUUCCCUCGGGACGUCGGUGAGCACCACCAUGAGGAGGCUCAUCAAGGACACGCUGGCCUUAUAGUGGGGGGGUGGGGGGGGGGCUGUUAGUGCAGCAUCCAGCGUCACCACACACACCUCGUGCAUGUCUUCUUGUUAUUUAGGGUGGACGCCUUUUGAUUUACCGUGACAUCACUUCAACAACAUUCGAAUAAAGUCUUCUGGUUGUAACAUAAACACUGACGUUGAUGUAAACUCCUGUGUAUAAUGUUUUAAUAACAACAACAACAAUAACAGUUAAUUCCUUAUAGAGUUUUGAAACAUGGUGUGAGGCCGAGUGCUUCAUCCUGCAGUGUGUGUGUGUGUAACAUCCGCUCAUUAAUCCUGAUGUUUAAUCUGUAGAGAUAAAAUGUUUUUUUUUUUAAGAAUAAAACUGAAAUCCUGUUAAACUUUA